GGUAGCUCGAAUCUGCACUGCAUGGGUGAAAGGUGGGCAAAAUGUCCCAGAAAAACAAGCUUCAUCAUUGUUUGCUCUGCAUCCUCUCUCGUAAUUUUUAUUUGAUCUGAUUAAUGAUUAAUGGAGAACACUGCUAUUCGGCAAUAAUUAAUAGAGCAAGGAGCAGUCCAGAUCAGAUGGACCAGUAGGAUCCUUUGCAAUGUACUAAUAAAUCCAAAGGAAAAUGAAGCCCACCCUCUCUGUGUGUUUGUUACUGACUGGACUUCAAGCAGUCAGUCAUUGUCAUCGUCAGCCUGAUCACCGCAAUGACUGGGAUGGUCAUAAAGAUGCAUCCACCAGGGAACACAAUUGCCCUGUUGAAGAAGUUUAUCCAUGCGAAAGCAAGGCCUACUUCAAACUGGCCUCCAGCAAUAUUGACUUCGCAUUUAGAUUUUACAAGCAAGUUAUAUCAGAGGCAGCUGACAAAAAUAUUUUCUUCUCUCCCAUAAGCAUCUCUACUGCCUUUGCAAUGCUGGCUCUUGGGGCUAAAUCAGCUACUCUGAAUCAGAUUCACAAAGGACUCACCUUUGACCUGAACAAGACUCAGGAAAAGGAGAUACAUGAAGGCUUUUGCCAUCUCAUUUGUGCGCUAAACCAUCCAGACAGGGAGAUCCAGCUGAAUAUGGGAAAUGCCCUUUUCCUAGGAGAGACACUGAAACCACUAAAAAAGUUUUUAGAAGAUGUUAAAAACUUUUAUAAAUCGGAAGUUUUUUCUAGUGACUUUAACAAUUCUACCAAUGCUAUGAAACAGAUCAAUAAUUACAUUGAGAAGAAAACCCAUGGGAAAAUUGUUGAUUUAGUCCAGGAUCUUGAUCCACUCACUGUAAUGAUUCUUAUUAACUACGUUUUCUUUAAAGCUGAUUGGGAAAAGCCCUUUAAUUAUUUUUACACAAAAGAAGAGGAUUUUUUUGUGGAUGGGAAAACCUCUGUUAAAGUUAAUAUGAUGUACCGCAAGGGCAGUUACAAACAUCACUAUGAUAAGGAGCUGUCUUGCUGGCUGGUGCAAAUACCUUACAGCGGAAAGGCUGUCGCAUUGUUUAUUCUGCCUGAUGAAGGAAAAAUGAAGGAGGUGGAAAAAGCUCUCUUGAAUAAAACUUUGUCUAAAUGGAAAAAGGCCUUCAAAGAAAGAACAAUAUAUCUGCACAUUCCAAAAUUUUCUAUUUCUGGUACCUAUGACAUAAAAGAGAUAUUCCAGAAAAUGGGUGUGAUUGAUGUGUUCACUGACCAAGCUGAUCUGUCUGGAAUCACUGAAAAGUCUGAACUAAAGGUUUCAAAAGUCAUUCACAAGGCUGUAUUGAAUGUUCAUGAGAACGGCACUGAGGCUGCAGGAGUCACUGUCGUGGAAAUUUCAUGGAGGUCUGGUCAAAUUUCUACUCCUCCUCGAAUUAAAUUCAACAGACCCUUCUUGCUGAUGAUUUUUGAUAGGCAUACCCGCAGCAUCCUCUUCUUGGGGAAAAUCAUAAAUCCUAGUAGAAAAUAAGUGAUCAGCUGCUGAUCAUGUGUGUAGUGCUUCCACGUAGUGCUGGCAAAAUUCAGGUGAUUCAGCAAAGGACAUGCACAGUGCUAGGGACUAUAUUUAGAGCAUUAUUAACAUACAUUCCUAAACCCACAAAACAUGAAUGUAGCAUUUCCUUACCUAUACACAGCUGAUAUUUCUUCCUUGCUGUGAACAAUUUACAUCAUAACAAAUCACCAAUAAUCUAAACAAGUCUGAUUUCCUUUCCCCUGUUUUGUAAGUAGUCCUUACUGAAAGGCUCCUGUGCAGUCAUAGAUUCAUAGAUAGAUUCAUAGAU